AACCCCUCGCAAACUGCGCAUCUGACUGACCGACCGACCCGCUCGCCUUCCACCCCACGCGUUCCAGCUCACCGCCCCCGCCCCCGCCCCCCGACCACCUCGCCGGCGGCCGCAGCGGCGCCACGGUGCUCCGCUAGGGUUCCGGCGACGCCUUCCACCCUAGAGAAAGCGAGAGCGAGGCAUCCGCGCCGCCCGGAGGGCCAGGUCGUUGGGAGAAGGCAGAGAUGGUCUUCGUGUGGCUCACCGCGUUCUUCCUCGUCGUCGCGCUCAUCGUGCUCGUCAUCUACCAGUUGAUGUGCUUGGCAGAUCUUGAGUUUGACUAUAUCAACCCGUUUGAUUCAUCCUCUCGAAUAAAUAAAGUGGUUAUGCCAGAAUUCAUAUUACAAGCACUUCUGAGCGUAUUGUUCCUCUUAUCUGGGCAUUGGGCGAUGUUCUUGCUUUCUGUCCCAAUGGUGUACUACAAUUAUACGCUGUACCAGCGGCGGCAACAUUUAGUAGAUGUGACGGAGAUAUUUAAUCAACUUGGUCGUGAGAAGAAGCGACGUCUUUUCAAGAUAGUCAGUCUCAUCGUUCUCCUAUUCCUGUCCUUGUUCUGGAUGAUCUGGAGUGUAUUGUCGGAGGAGGACGAGUAGGCUGACAAAAUUGCUGUGGUAGCUCAUUCUGGUCUUGCAAUCAUUAGUUAGGCAACACCGCCCCAUGGCAGGCUGACUAUGCCAUCGAUUUCAUGUGUUAACUUGAAUCAACGGGUUGAAUGUAGGUUUUCUAGUUCAGUGAGGCAAAUAGACAACAUGCCCCCCAAGGCCCCAACAGUAAGGUUGGCAUGCCGUGCUGUUUGUUGCUCAAUCUAGUGAAGCUCCUACUGUUACCAUGUUUAUCAUGAGCCGCCAUCGCUAUUUGUUGAAUUGGACUGUGCAUCAGCUCUCAUGAAGCAAAGGAGCACUGCAAGUUCCACAGAUUUGUGCAUAAAUUUGAGUUGGCCUCUUCUUCUUUUUUUUUAA